UACGUUCAGUUUUUCACAGACCAUCAUCGCGAGCGCUGCAACAUAAAAAAGUCUAGUGAUUCGAAGUGUGUUGAAAACGCGUAAUAUAUCAGAAAAUUUGCUCGGAAAUCCAAAUUUCGGCGGUGAUUCCGGUAUAGCGGGUGGCCACCCGCCCAAAUCGCGUCGUUUCGUUGCGGGAAGUGUGAAAUUCGGUUGUGGAAAAGUGAUUUGCGGAAAUAAUUGACGGCACCUUCCAGGGGAGGCACACAAAAGAAGAACCCCUCGCAGAAAGAGGAGUGAUUUCACCACGCGCGAGCAGAUUGAUUGCAUAAACGGUGCCAAGUUUUGUGAAUUCAGGGGGAAUAAUCCAGGGGACCAAUUAGAAGGGAUCGGAGAGAUCGUCGUGUCCAUCGGAUUGUGGCCAUAGAUGCUACUGAAAGAGGAUAAUGUUGCGGGAGCUGAUUGCCUGGGUGCUGAAUAACUAUCUUGGAAAAUAUGUGGAAAAUCUGAACACAGCCCAGCUGACAAUUGCGCUGCUUUCUGGCCAAGUGGAACUCGAAAAUCUCCCCCUACGCAAGGAUGCCCUCCGCUACUUGGGACUCCCGCUGCAGAUCAUCGGUGGCACGAUCGGCAAAGUGAAGCUAACCGUUCCGGUGCGCCAAUUCCGGACGGCAUCAUGGUGCCUCAACAUCGACAACGUGAAUGUGGUGUGCGGCCCUAUCGACCUAAACGAGUGGAACCCCGAAAUAGAACAGCAGACCGAGCUUGACUUCAAAAUUGCAUCGCUGGAUCGACUCGAGGCGAAAUGGCGAGCGCAACGGGAGACCCCCGUUACCGAGGGCAGCUACUACGCGUCGUCCUACUCCGGGUGGCUCAGUUACGGCACCUCGCUGGUCACAAACAUCAUCGAGAACCUGCAGCUCAAGGUUAACGGAAUACACAUCCGCUACGAGGACGGACUGACCAUUCCGAAUCAAAAGUUUGCCUGCGGAAUUAACAUCGAAGCCCUGUCGGCCCAGAGCUGCGAUUCCAACUGGGUGCCCGGCCAAACGUCGAACUGGGCCCAGCAGCAGGUCUCAUUCAAGCUGGUCGAGCUGACCAACUUUGCCAUCUACUGGGAUCCGCUGGCCGGAAACGAACAGGUCUACAUCAUCAAUCCGAUCAGUGCCAAAGCGCAGCUAAAGCGGGAUCGCAGCGAAACGCCGUUGCGCACUCGCAGUCGACCCCGGUUGGUGUGCGACCUGAUAUGGGACGAAAUUAAAAUUACGCUCAGUGAUAUUCAAUACAACCAAAUGAUGCAAUGCGCUCGUGGUCUGGACGACAUCACGCGGUAUCGUCGCUUCAAGCUGCACCGACCGAGCAGCACCGUACACGAAGAUCCCAAAGCAUGGUGGCGAUACGCCGUUCGCUGCCACGGACUUCUCCGACACUCGCAAAGCGAUCCGUUUGUGAUAGCCAAAGAAAAUUUACGAUAUAUUAACGUGUACAGUAGGGUGGUGGCGAAUCCCAACGAGAUGCUCACCAGUGACAAUAAGAGCUUCAAAGAUCGAAUCGAGCGGGAACGGGACUUCGAUGAACUCAAACUGCUGAGGGACGUCUGCAUGAUGCGGAUGCCAUCAUUGGACAAAUCAGCACAGAUGAAUCAGGGCAAAAACAUGCUGGUCCAUUUCUUCCCCCAGUGGUGGGGAUGGUAUAACAAUAAUAACGGUAAUGCGGAGGAAUCACCUCCCACGCCGGAACAGAAUGGUGAUCCUUUGGAACAAAACUGGGGCCCAGAGGAGGAUCUCAGUCCAGUCAGCAGUUUUGAGGAUGAAAUUCUCAAUGCGCUCUCAGAUUCGGUGGACACCAAUUCGCUGCUGAAACGGGAUGCCGUUUUCGGUCGAUUCAACUUUGUGUUAAGACAGGGCACUAUGGACUUCUGCAGUGCCCUGGAGAUGUCUCCAAAGCUACAGUUUCAGUUUCAAAACCUCAAACUAGAUGUAGAAACACGUCCACGAAGUGGAUCACACUAUGUUAGUUUAUCUUUAGGGUCUAUUUUUAUCAAAGAUCGAAUCACACCAAAUUCACAGUUCCCGGACCUGGUCAAACCACAAGCGAAAGAUGACUUGCAAGUCAGUGCCAAAGCUGGUCCGGUGAAAUCUAGAAGUCAAUCGUUACAGCAAUCCCCCAUGGAACCAAUUUUUGAAGUGCAAUACGAACGCAAACCUCUCUCUCAUGAUACCGACUAUCGGCUGCUAGUGAAAUCGCAAUCGCUGGACAUUGUCUAUAAUAUUGAUGCCGUGAAAUGGCUCGUAGACUUCCUAACCAAACCGCAUCAGCAGUACGACACCAGGAGAAAACUGGAAAGUAUGAAGAAUAAAACCAAGAUGGAGUUGAUGCGAAACAUGAAAAACAUUCUGGAAGGACAUCUGAACACCAGAAAAACGUGGACAUUAGAAUUUGACAUUUUUGCUCCUCAGAUCAUAUUCGUAGAUAACUUUGCCGACCGGCAGAACAGCACCAUCGUGGUCGUUGAUUUCGGUCGACUGCAGCUGACGAAUGGCAAUAGGCCCUUCCCCACAGCGCUGGUGCGAAAGUCCGGCAACAAUGAUAGCUCCCCGGAAAUCGUAAUCGACAACGACGACGAAGAUGCAUUUAUGACACCAUGCUCGACUCCACCUGGAUCAGAAGCCAGCACAACUCACUCUCCAACGCUUCAGUCGGCAUUAUCGGAAUUACCCGAACUCAACAUCACCAACGCCGACGCCCUCGACGAACACUCGCUCUACCAAAAACUGUACGAUCGUUAUCACAUUCACUUAACGGAUUUGCAGGUCCUUGUCUGCCGGGGGAAAGAGAGGUGGAACUUUGCCAGUACCAAAGGCACAUCCACCUUGCACGUUUUGGAUCGCUUCAGCAUAGCUCUUCAGGUAGAACGACGUGUCGUCCAUACAAGCGAUCCCCAGUAUCCCAGUCUUACGCUAUCGGGAACGCUCCCAAAACUUAACGUCCAUAUCAACGAAUACAAAGUAUCUACCCUUCUGAUGCUCAGCAAUAACCUCACCAAAGCGGGUCAAAUCUGGACCGGAGACGUUUCGGACGUCCAAGACCUGCCACCAACCGAUCUUCAGACUGCAACUGACGAAGAAAGCAUCACCGAUACUAGCUCGGCGUAUCGGAAGGAAUCCGCCAACAUAAUCGUGUUCCAAUUCACGAUCGACCAAAUGUCGCUGGAGGUGCAAUCCAGGGGAAGAAGCAUAGCCGAGCUGCAGGUUUCCGGCGUGAAGGCCGGCUACAGCAAGCGACCCGAGGACGUAACUUUGACACUGUCCGUGCAUGGCCUAUUGCUGGCCGAUGCCAUGCAGUCGUUUGGACCGGAUUUCGAGCUGCUCAUUGCCAGCCAUCGGCAUGUUGGAAUGGACAGUUUAUCAGGAAGCCUUCGGCAGAGUGAGCCCUGUUCUCCCUGUUCGCCGGGAUCGCCGGAUCCAAACAUGGAGUACAGGCGGCCUACGAGUCCACUGACGAUUUCUAAAGCUCUCAGCAAUCUGCAGAAAGAGACAACUUCUCCCACGUGGAAUGCUGCCCCAUUUGACGAUCUAGAUGCGCUAAUUACGGUGGAGAUCACAUUCAUGAACAACGAGAAGGUUGACGAAAAUCUUCAAAUGGCCAACAUCCAGUUCAACAAUCUGGACAUCAUUGCCAAUCAGGAAACCAUCGUUGAACUUCUUGGUUUCGUGAAACGUGUGAUACCCAAGGCGCCACCCAAGCCACCCGAACAAACUAGGCCGAUACAAAGGCCGGAAGAUAUCAACGCGUCUACGGGAUCGAUAGCGGCAGCUGUCGGCGUCACCAGUGAACCUGUAGACGGAGUAGUGUCCCCAGUUCGAACGGAAAUCACCUUUGAUUUUCACCGGUUGAAUGUACUGGUGCUAAGAGCUCUAAUGAGGGAUAACUACAUGGUGGGUCGCAAGGUAGGCACAUUUACCAUGUCCGAAGCGAAUAUUCACGCAUCGCUGGGCUCGAACAUCACUGUAGAAGGGUCUUUGGGGGGACUUCAAGUUCUGGAUCUUACUCCUGAGGGCAUUAACCAUCAACGAAUCCUAUCGGUGGGUAAAGACCCUCUGACUGAUCCUCCAGAUAUGCGACAGGCGCCAGACCUGAUGACUUCGCUAGCACAAGAAGUGUACGGUAACAAGACGACACUUGAAGGGCUUCAGGAGGAACGGCAGGCACUUUCCUUCUGUGUGUCCAAAGAUACCAACGCGAUUAUCGAUGUUCGAGUGAAGAUGGCUUCGGUGUGGUUCAUUCACUGCGCAAGGUUCAUGCAGGAGCUGAGUUGGUGCGCUUCGGAGUUCAAACACUACCUGAAGAACUUGGCGAAGUCAAUAAGGGAAAAGGCCACUGACAUGGCGCUCGGAUUGGUUCAGUCCAGAAGCGACCUGAGCAACAGCAGACCUGAGAGCAUAUAUAAUUCGCCCAGGCGAGCUAGGAGACAGAGGACAGUUUCAUUGUCCAAGACUCAAGAACUUCUACUGAAUUCGGAGUACACUCUCAAAGUGGACAUCACUCUAGAGACUCCGGUGUUGAUCUUGCCGAGGUCAAGCAGUAGUCCCCAGGUGUUAGUGGCUCACUUGGGACGUAUAACGGUGAGCAAUACGCAGGAACUGCAGGACAGUCCUUCAACCGAUAGCAAGAUCAAUUUAACAACGACGAUCAUCAACGAAGAGAACAGUACGGAGGAACAGCUCGGGUACAACUUGAGCGAUAUCGAUGGCGUAUUUGAUACGCUGGAUGAAGAGAAUGAUUCUAGUCGGAUUCGUUUUGCCAAAGAAAAUUCUAUGGAAUUUAUUGAUAGUGUUUUACAAAACUACGACCUCUACAGGAUCGACAUCAAAAACAUCAAUCUGUAUUCGCUGGAUACGACCAACCGGAAGGGAUUCCGGUUUUCUGCGCUACCACGAGCGGAGGAAUUCUAUUCUUGCAAAGAGAAUGCUAUACCCAUUAUUCAUGACACAAUAUUUUCUCUGGAGAUAUCCCGUGACAUCAGCGAAAUAGACAGCGAUGGAUUCACUAUUUUUGGUCGCGUUGUAAAACCCCUAAGGGUUUCUCUCAAACGACAGCAAUAUGAACAGCUGCUGGAAACUAUCGAUAACUUAUUCAAAAUUCCGAAGGAUCUGGUUCGGCCACCAACGGAGGCCACUGUUCUGGACAAGCACCUGGAAAUUAUCGAAGAAUCUACCUUCAAUGCAUAUCCAAUCUCAGACAAGGUGCGGCGAGGGCUUAUGUAUCAGAAUAGCUUCGAAGAGCGCCCUUCGUCGCUCAAUUUGAAAGUGAACUUCGAACUUCCCGCCUUCAUUAUCCAGCUGAACGACAAUCGCAACGAGCCACAAAUCCAAAUCUCCUUCAUAGACUUUUCCGUGCAGUUCGAAAAACGCAAUAGCUACGAAACUCACGUUAAAAUCUCUCUAAAAUCUCUAAUGAUGGAGGAUUUACUCCAAUCGGACACGGCCAAGACCCGAUACAUGGUAGUGUCUUCUUCUCAAAACGAUAACUAUGGUCGUCCCACUUCCUCUUUCGCCUCGUUCUCCUGUCCCAAUAUAGUUGGACUACUAGGAAACGUCGAAGAGCUACCCAACUCCCUGCCGACAAACUUCGACGACAAAACCAGCUUCUAUUUCCUGGCGGCUAACAAAUCUCUCUGUCCAGACACUCCUCCACCAUCGCCUUCAAUGCAAAGGCACAACCAAUCCACCGCAGCCGGUUCCGAAGAGGCAAAUCUCGUCAUCUACACGUCCGUCAUGGUCGAUCCAGCCUGUCCGGCAUUCGCCACUCAAUUCAACUCUCUCCAGCAAUCCAGCUCGAUCGACUUCAACAGCCUGGAUCUGAUCGUUUCAGUCGAGAGUUGGUUCGUUCUUCUGAACUUUUUUGGACUAUUGAGCGACGAUGACAGUGGAAGCUCCUCCCACAAAACCACAUCCGAUCAGGACACACGGGAAAAGACCCCGUCCACUGGGCACUCCAAGUUGGAUAUCUCGGUGAGAUCGCUCUCGUUGGUGCUGGCAAAACCGACCUACGAAAUCGCCAAAGCAAAUGUAUCCAACGCUCAGUUCACCGUAUCGAAGCGAAAUCUUGCGAAACAGGUCGAGGGUAAGCUGGGCUCGAUUACGCUGAGCGAUCUGACGCCGUACGGAUUCAUCUAUCGGGAAAAGUUCAUGACCACCGGUAACGAGGCACUGAGUUUUGUUUACUCGCGAGAUUCCGCCAAAUCCAACGCCAGAAAUCUGCAGAAGGACGCUCGACUGAAGAUCGAAAUGUCGUCGGUGAGAUUUGUGCACACCAAAAGGUUCAUCGCCGAAAUCCAGCUGUUUUUCAAAGAAUUUUCGCAACUGCAAACGCCCGUAAUGCGCAAAAUCAAAACAACCGACGCGAAAGCCUACCUGAAGCAACGGCCAACGCAGCUGGGUCUGGAGAUCAAGGCCGGUGCUCCGAUCGUGAUCCUACCGAUGGCGUUCAACAGCGAGCAGGUGAUCGUUGCCGAUCUGGGUGAGUUCACCUUGAAGAACGAGUUCCGAAUGAGUGGUGAUCCAGCGGUCAUCAGCGUGUCAAGCAAUCCCAGUGUGAGGGAAGUGCUGGACGUGAUGUAUGUCAAUCUUCUGCAUACGAAUAUCUUCGCGGCCCGGAAAGUGAUCAAACCGGAAGGACCCCUGGGUCAGGUGCAGUUCGACGACGCGGCAGUUGAUAUGAAGUGCUUCUGGCUCGUGAAACAGGGACCAAGUUUACUGAAGGAAAAAUGUCAUCUGAAGUUGCAAGUGGAAAGGAAUAUGGACUCGUGGAAUAGUCAUUAUGUUCCAGACAUUAGCGUACACGGUACGCUUUCUCGACUAGAGGUAGUGCUGGACGUGCAGCAGUAUCGACUGGUUCGUGGUUUCCUGUCGUACAACUUGGGCGAAAAUCUGGACGAGCUCUACCAGCGGCCAAUGUCCAACAUUCCAAAUAGUACCUUAAGUUUGAACACGGACAUCGAUCCGAUCGAGGAGGUUUGGAAGAACCUUGCCAUCCACCUGGAGCUUCAGGAUGUUUCCGUACGGCUGGAAGCGCUCGGAAGUGAUCGAAAGCCCACUCCGCUGGCUUGUAUCAAUUUCAUCAAAUCGAAGCUGCUGGUUGAUAGCUUGAGUGAUGGAGCUCAAGAUAUCGACCUGGUAUCGCAGGAAAUCUUGAUAAAAGACACACGAUUCGAUCAGCCAUGUACACAGGAUGAAAUCAGAAACGUGUUUCCGGAUAUUCUACAACCGAUCGUGAGCGAUCCUGGCGAAGGGCAGGUGCAGGCUGAAAUUCACAGCAGGAGGAGGCAGGAUUUGACCAAGUUUACCAUACUGCUGAACAAUAUGCGGUUGAUGGCAAUACUGGACUGGUUGGAAAAUGCGAAGGACUUCAUUCUGCAACAGGAGGAUCAACCGCAGAUCGGGUUGGACAUCAAUGCCAGCGAAAGGAUAGCGUCGAUAGAUACCGGCAAACGUGCUCCCACUCCAUCCGAGGAGAACAGGAUGGAACUGAAACUAAACAUUACUGAUUCGGAGCUGGUGCUGGUAGAAAAGACUGAUCAGAAGGACACCAAUGCUGUUAUUUUGAAGAGCACCACCGUGGUAUCGUAUCGUCCAUUCGAGCUGGCCAAAACCAUGUCCAUCAAUCUGAACAACCUGGAGGUGUGUUCAUGCGUUCUCGGAACGGAAGAUGGUACGGGUCUGUCCAUUAUCGAUCCCGUUACGGUCAACAUGGACCUCCGUCAGGGAGUGCUGGACGUGCAGAUGCAAAAGCAGCUGUGCAUUCGGCUGUCCUAUCACGACGUAAAGAUGUUCCAACGUAUGCUGGAGUCCUUACCGGGGCAAACCAAGAACGCGCGGGACAGUAAGCAGGCUAGCAUGGAAGAUGGGGUAGAUACUGGCAAUACGGCUGUGGAGAAGUUAGUUUUACUUGGGUUUAAUCGUGAAGAUUGUUUGCAAGCGUUGGAUAUGUGCCGAUAUCAGAUCGAUGACGCCGCGCUGUGGUUAACUCAGAACUCGGAACCGCAGAAGUAUGAGUCCGUGGCGCCGAAACGUGGUACAAUGGUGGAGGCGAUCGAACUGAAGGCACCUUGCAUAUCCAUUUGUGUGAUUGACGAUUGCCGAGAUGCAGAUGUGCCAUUGGUGGAGCUGUCGCUAAGUAAGCUCGACUUGAGGCAAGAAUUGGGGCAAAGCGCGGUGCCGAUGGAUGGAGCAGAUACGGCAUUGGAGGUUUUCUCCGCGACUACUAAGAACUUUGUUGGAGUCAAGACCGGACGUAUGGUUGGAGUAUUUGCUGGCGAUUAUUACAAUCGAGCGUUGAGCGGUUGGGAACCCCUGAUCGAACCUUGGAAAGUUGAAGCGCAGUGGGGAUACAGUCUAGGGCAGACUGGGACAAGCAGGAAUCUGCUGAACCUGAGGAUAGUGAGCAACGAUACUUUAAGACUGAACAUUACCAGUACGUUAAUUGAUUUAUAUCAGAUGGUGAAGGAGAAUUGGACGCAGGAUUAUUACAAUUCUAAUGUUAAUGUAGCUAAUAGGAGCCCAGUGAAUUAUCGUAGACGCACACCGUUUGUUCCUUUUGCUAUUAGAAACGAUACCGGAGUUCGGAUUUGGUACACUACAGUAGUGUCUACGGAAAUUUCGUCACGUUCGAACGUUUUGACCGAUCCCAAUACCCAGUGGACGCAAGUGGACCCCGGAGGAACAUCCGCUUUCUCGUAUGCGACUAAAAGCAAGCAAAGACAUCGAGAUACCCAUAAGUUCAAUCUACAUCAAAUCGCAGUACGUGUCGAUGGAUGGCAGGAAGUGGGACCAAUAUCUGUGGAUCGUGUAGGAACCUACUUCCGACACGCACGAGCCGACAUAGUCGAUAACUACUCGCAAAUUCCACGUGCCCGGAUUGUGUUUGCGGUGACCCUCGAAGGUUCAGCUCAGAAGCUCAUCACGGUACGAUCUGCUUUAAAAUUGACGAAUAAACUGGAUAACCCCGUUCUGGUGAAGAUGGAACACCUGUUUGGGCAUCUGAAUAUUCGAGAUUGGCCCGACACACAGACGCAAAUUCUCCAUUCGAACGAAGUGUUGAACAUUCCGUUGACCCACGUGCAUGCGACUCUUUUCUUCCGACCACUUCCGGCGAAUGUUCCACUGAUCGAGGAAGUGAAUGCAAACAACUCACGAUCGGAAGAGCUGAGCAACUCUAGCGACGGUUGGGCCUUAUUGCAAAACUUUGAUGUUCACAAGUCUUUCAAUAGCAAUAACGGUUUCCAGUUCACCGAAAGGGGCGUGAAGUGGAGCGAGGCCAUGGAUACAGGCGAGGUGUACCAGGAAUUGAGAACGUGCCGAGGGUUGCGCGAUAGGUCAUACCGGAUGUUGAUCGCACUCCGAAAGGAAGGAUAUCCGACGAGGGACGUGAUACGGCUACCGGGUCACCAAAUUACCAUUUGGCCACCGAUGCGAAUACACAAUCUUCUGCCGUGUGAUCUACUGUAUCAACUUCCAUCCGGAUCGCACGGACGAAUCUCCGCAUCGGAAACAGCGAAAAUAAUCGAACUAGACAUAGAACAAUCAGUGGCAUUGACGAUCACCCUCGACAGCUAUCCGGAUGCUGGCUUGAUAACAAUUCCCGCUGGUUUCUACGGAUCAGCAGAGCAAGACGUGAGGCUAUUGGACACCAAAGCGAGGAUGCUGAAGCUCAAAGCUUUUAUUCACAUCGUCAAAGGCAGAGGGAUUCAAAUAUCGAUAAGUGCUCCCUAUUGGUUGAUCAACAAGACUGGUAUUCCUCUGGUGUUCCGUCAGGAUGAUUUGGACUGUGAAAGCGCAGGUCAAUUCUCCGAGAACGAGCAAGCACGAAUGAUAUCGCCGUUCAUGUUCGCCUUUUCGGAUCCGUCUUGUUCCGGUUGCUUGACCAUGCGCCUUGGCAAACGCUUCGGACAAUCGGUUAUCUACUGUCAGCCAUUCAAGCUUGAUCAGGGAGUCAAACAUCGACAGCUGAUCGGAGGCAGUGGAUCGUUCAUCAUAGGAAUCGAGGUUCAACGGGCACGAGGUCGAUACAACCAAACAUCCAUAGUGACCUUCUCUCCUCAGUACCAGUUGUACAACCGAAGUUCGUACAAACUGCAGGUGUUGCAGAAGUGUUUCACCAGCACGAUUCACGAUGCGAUUGCAAAAUCCAAUUCAAUCGAAGCGGUCCCAGGUUGCCAUAUAGCCUAUCACUGGCCACGUCUGGACAAGGUACAGGAACUAUGCGUCCGUCUGCCGGAAAUCCCGGAAUGCUUGUGGUCUGCGGGAAUUCCUAUCCGCGAAACUCAAAGCCUCUACAUCAACAUACGAACCGUCAAUGGUGCCAUGCAUUUCCUCCGGUUGGAAACCAUAGUCCAGGGAGCAACGACCUUCAUGAUUUUCAGCGAUGCGCAGUCGCUCCCACCUCCGAUCCGGUUGGAUAACUAUUCCGAAGUGCCUAUCGUAUUCCACCAGAGAGCCUCGCCACGUAUCGAGAAUCAUUUGAAAUCGUACGUCAGGCCUCACAGUUCCAUCGCCUAUGUGCUGGAUGAACCCCUAGGGUACCAAUACUUGCAGCUGGAAGCACCAGGAGGUGAUUACCAAGUCUGUUCACUCGAUAGGUUCGACGAGUUCCGAUUGACCUAUGAAAACUUCAUCUACAUUGCGUUCAGUCAGACGUUUGUGGCUACACCUUCGUUUGAAUUCGGAUCUACAAGUGAUCCAGAGUCCCAGCAACUCGUCCUCGGAGUAGUAGACUCUCGGGUUGUCCUGGUGCACAAACAGGCUGGAGAUCGUUCGCAGUUGUGGAGAAUGAACCACGAAAAGCAGUUGGAACAUGAAGGGUCAACUCCGCCGAGUGAACCUGGGAAGAAACAGCAGAGGUUCGUGUUAGAUUUGGAAAGGCCGCCGCAGCCGAUGCAGUUCAUCAAUCUGGUUGUCCGACCGGCCAACAAUCAGCGAAAGUCCACCCAAACGUGGAGGUUCACCGAGGAAGGCCGAUUGAUGUGCGCGCAUUCAAACAUGUGCGUUCAAGCUAGAGGCGGAAUCUUCGGACUGCAGGCAGGUUCCGAAGCAGUUCUAGGGAUGUGCGUGUCGGAAACCAAAGCAUUGAAUCGCUUUGGGGUUCCUUACGAUCAAGCCAUCGAACGGCAAAAGUUACGGCCGGGAUCGGGAUGUCUGUCGGUGAGGCACAUCAUGGAUGGGCCCAUAAAGUGUAUCGAGAUCAAAGACAUGAAGAAUCUAUCCGGUGGUCCACUGACGCUGGAUGCCUCUUGGAAACAUGUUUCCCACAUUCCUGCUGAGCGAACCGGUCGGAGAUCAUAUGAACUGCUUCAGAACAAAGAGCAGAACGAGUACAACGUGAUCGUCAACCUUAAGAGAGGUAUCGGUUUGUCUCUGAUCUCCAACCAACCGUGUGAAGAACUGGCUUACACUGCGCUGGAGGACAUAUACAUGCAGCUUACCUCGACGCCCAGCGAAGUCUCGCUCAACUUCAGCGUUGGCGACAUGCAGAUCGACAAUCAACUGUUCGAAACUUCCUGUCCCAUCAUGAUGUACAAAAUCAAUCAGACUUCGAACGACACCACGAACGCGGCAACGGAGAAAUCUCUGCAACUGGACGUCAAUCUGCUACCGAGCCCGAACACCAAUGCCGUAAUCUUCAAGCACUUUAUUCUGCAAAUUCAACCGGUAUCCGUUUAUCUGGAAGAACGCCUCAUUCUUAGACUGAUCAAAUUUUUCGGUUUAGCUAAGAGCACCACCCUUCCAACGGCCCUUCCGGACGAAUCCGAUCACGAAGCGCAAAAGAUCAUCUACAAAGUGUUAGAUGCGAACGUCAAGCGCUAUUACUUCGGCAACCUGCAGAUCAUUCCUAGUCAAAUCCGUCUGAGCUUCGUAACUGCUUCCAAGCUGGCGCCGGAAUUUGCCGAAAUCAAGCGCAACCUCGGAUUCACCUUUAUCAAGUUCGAGGACGCCGUCAUUAACUUCGAGAAAUUCACGCACAAGUGCCACUUUGAAACGUUGGACGCGUACUUAAAUGCCAUCAAGUCCCAUUACAAGCAGGAAAUCAAAUGGCAGGCGGCUAGUAUUCUAGGUUCAGUGGAUUUCUUGGGUAAUCCGCUCGGGUUCGCCAAUGACCUCACCGAAGGCGUAUCCGGGCUUCUGUUGGAAGGAUCUAUCUCCUCACUCGUUAAGAACGUAACGCACGGUAUUUCAAAUUCAACGGCCAAACUGACGGAAACCAUAUCGGAUGGGCUGGGGAAGGUCGUUUUUGACGAUGAACACGUGGAAAACCGACAGAAGAUUCUCGAUGUGGCAGUCUCGGGAGGAAGUGGAAGCACAACAGGGGACCAUCUGGUGGCUGGAUUCAAAGGAUUUACAUUUGGUCUCCUAGGUGGAGUCACCAGCGUGGUCAAGCAUACCUACCAAGGCGCUGUGAAUGAUGGAUUCUCCGGUUUUGUCACAGGCCUGGGCAAAGGUCUGGUAGGAACGGUAACUAAGCCCGUCAUCGGAGUGUUAGAUCUUGCAUCGGAAACAGCCAACGCCGUUCGGGAGCAAAGUAAAAGUUCCAGCCGUAUUCUACCGGAGCGCAAACGACAUCCUCGGGUAGUCACCGGAGCUCCAGGAGGUCUUCUCCCACCCUACUCUAGCAUUCAAAGUAAAGGCCAACAAUAUCUGUUCCUCAUCAAUAAGCGGAACUUCUCGGAACAUUUCAUGGCGUACGAGCCGUGUCUUCUGGAUACCAAAGAUUCAAAAAUGCGAAUACUCGUUUCGGCGGAGAACGUGUGGGGCUUCUCCAAGAAUGAGGAUACAACUACAAUAGUGUUCCAGUAUCCCCUCAGUGACAUCAUCUCUUGUCAGCCGAUGGUGAUUCCACCACCUUCUUCAUCGGACUCAACUUCCCGAGUACGAAGGACGACCUAUAUCGAGUUCUGUUUGACGCUCCCAUCGAAAUCCCUAACUCCAAGCGCACCGGAAAUGGUCAAACGGCCACGGGUCCGAUGCCAGAACGAGGAAACCGCCAAGAAAAUAUGCCACCACAUCAAUUUUGCAAAAUGCAUCUACGACGAACGCGAACAAACGCUCUACUCGAACGCUGUGAUUGAAACGUAAAGUGAUUGGGUUUCAAAACUUACAUAAAUACACACACAACUUACGAAAAGAAUUAUACACCCCACAGAGCUAAUAAGCUACCUUGUAGACCUUGUAGAAAAACGGAAACAGGAAAAUCAAAACAUGUUAAGUACUCGCUAUAUGCUUACCCCUUUUGGGGCUGUAAAAGGUUGAAAUUUUUAAGUUCUGGGUCGUCACCGUCUAUUUAUUGUAUUUUUUUUUCUUUUUUAAAGGAAAAUCAAAAGAUUCCCGAUUUUCAACCCUCUCCCCCCCUCGAAAUUCUUUAUUGUUGGAAUAUAAAUUAUUUUGUAAAUUGA